AGGGCACGCACAAGAAAUUCAAAAUAAUCAAAUAGAUAGUAUGAUCUCCGAUCGCGCCAUUGGCUCUAUAGGCUUUGUCGUCAGUACAGCCUUCUUCCUCUACUACAUCGCCUGGAUUGGGAUCAUGCCCCAUGUAGAUCGCUCGCACUUCACACAGGAUUUCUUCCCGCCAUGUGAGUACGGACUCCUGUUAGCGUCUCUGGUUAUGGUCAGUGGUAUAGGGCUCUCCAUAACGCUCGCCUCCGUUCACACAAUACUAAGGUCAGGCUACCACUCCUCACUCAGAACCCACGAGCAGAUGUAG